AUGCGGGGAGCCCAGGCUUCCUUCCCCUCACCAGGUUACAUGCAGGGCAGCCAAGGCAACGAUGGCCAGCAAAGAAAACAAGAGUUGCACCGCCACACAAGUGCCGCCUUCGAGUCACAGAGAAUCCAUGGGGCAUCUAACCCCGGCCUAUCCGCUAUGCUUGCCGGAACCAAUCUAUCCAUCGACCCUGUCGCUCUUUUGCAUCAGCACAAUCAGGAACAGCCGCUCUUUGAGAAAGACACAUCCUCCUCUCGUACCACAUCCACCUCGUCUGUGCCGCGAUUAUCCACGCCCGACACAGAAAACGACGACGACAAGUCUGAGAAGGAAGACGACGACACACCACAAAACCCCAAAACGAGAAGCAAGACCAAAAUGCCCGCCGCCUCGACACGGUCCAAAACCAAUGCGGCGCCCACCAAGUCCAAACGGGGCGGCGCCGCUACCGGCACCGCCGACAAACGGCGCAAGCGUAACCUUGAGAGGAAUCGCGCCGCCGCGUCCAAGUGCCGCCAGCGCAAGAAGCAGUGGCAGGACGGCCUCGAACGCAAAAAGAUGGAGCUCGAGAGUCGGUACAAGUCCCUCCACGCCGAGGUCAAGGACCUCAUGGAGGAGGUGGCCCAGCUCAAGAACUUUGUCAUGGCCCACGGCGCCUGCAACGACGCCAACAUUGACGACUGGAUUCGCAACGAGGCCGACAGUUUCGUCCGUCGCAUGAGCGCCGCCCAGAUGCAGCAGAACGCUGCCGCCCACAGUGCGACACUUUCCGCCGCAUCCAUGUCCCAGAUGCAGUCACCGCUGCAGGGUUCCCUAACGGCGACACCGCCGAUGAAUGAUUCUCUCAACAACAUGUUUGCUCCCGCGGGCUCCGAAUCGCCCUUUGACAAAAUCCACUCCAAUGAUCUGCGGCCCGGCGGCGCUGGAGACGCAGUUGACCAAAACAACAACAUCUUCAAUCAAGAUUUACUUAUGAUGUCUUCCAUUCAGACAUGA